AGUGUGCCAUGGUCACAUCACACAGCAUAUGUCAGAAACAUAACCUUAUAGAUAAGUUAUUCAUAUCGUUAAUUACUACACUUUAGAUGGUUAAAUGUUUAAUAUUUAUAACAUACAUUUAUGUUCAUACUUAAAUGAAAUACAAUUAAAUUGGAAUACUAUUUUGGAGCAGGAUGGCACUUAAAACACCAACAAUUUUAUAUGGGUUUUGGCUAUCAUCGUGCACUUGGCGGGUUCGUGCUGCUCUGCAUCUGAAAAAAAUACCAUAUGAGGAGCGCUCUGUGGACAUCGUGAAGCAACAAGCACAAUUAUCGGAUCAAUUUCGUGCCAUCAACCCGUCUCAGAAGGUCCCUGCAUUGAUUAUCGAUGAUACUACAAUCGUGGAGUCAAUGGCCAUAAUUAAUUAUCUAGAAGAUACUCGACCUAUACCAACUUUGACGCCGCCUACUCCGUUAUUGAAGGCCCGCAUGCAAGAAAUUUGCGAGACCGUGGUUUCCGGCAUUCAACCUCUCCAAAAUAUCGGUUUAAAAAGCUAUUUUGAUACGGAAGAUAAAUGCAAAGCGUUUACUAAGCACUGGACGAAACGCGGUCUUCAGAGCCUGGAAAAACUUCUCCAAAAUUCUGCGGGCAGCUUUUGCAUUGGCGACCAACUGACUAAGGCUGAUCUAUGCCUGGUACCGCAAGUCUUUAAUGCUGUCACCAGACACGAGUUAGAUCUUGGCGAAUAUCGGAUACUUUCUAAAUUAUAUGAAAAACUAUUAAAAGAAGAAACUUUCGCGGAAACGCACCCGAACAAAGUCAGGGGCCGAAAAUAAAUAGUUAAUAAAGUUUUUGAUUGA